CUGCACUACCAUUUACAAAGUGUCAACAGAUCCGAAGAUGUGCGGCCUCGACCCGAUAAGACCAACUUUGGCUUUCCUGGGCCCAGUUGGAACAUACUCUCAUCAGGCAGCAUACGACUGCUUCGGAAACUCAGUCGACUACGUGCCCAAGCAGACCAUCCAAGCUGUUUUUCGAUCCUUAUCUCUGGACUUACCUCUCGGCAUCGUGCCUCAGGAAAACAGCACCCAUGGCUCUGUCAUAGAGACUUACGACAUCCUCCGCGACCCCGCGAUCGGUCAAAGCAACUUCAUCCGAGGUUCCACCAUCUUGGCUGUCCGACACUGCUUGGUAGUCCGGCAAGGUGUCAAGCUGGAGAAUAUUGAUCACGUCCUAAGUCAUGGACAGGCAUUGGGUCAGUGUCGGUCAUUCCUAGCUCGGCUUCUACCUUGGGCAUCGCUGGUGCCUACUGACUCGACAGCAAGCGCCGCUGAGCAAAUUUCCAACGGAACGACUGCUUUCGAUCCUUAUAGAUGUGCGGCGAUCUGCUCAUCCAUCGUUACUACUGUAUUUGAGGGGUUGGAGGUUCUUCUAGACAGCAUACAGGAUGGAGAAGCCAAUUCCACUCGUUUCUAUAUCGUUUCCCAUGGUUCGGAUAGUACAUUACCGCCGAGCCGAAUCUCUCCAGUGCGGAGGGAAGCCUUGUUGCGUACCAGUACUUCCCAAGAAAGCCACGGAACAUCGGAAUGCAAGAGGUUAAACUUCGUGAAAUUUAUCAAAGCUCUUGAUCUCGAGAUCCUGCGCGUUGAUCGAAGGCCUGCAUUACAUGCUCUUACCUUUCGGGACGUGUACUUCCUCGAGGUUGGUGAUAUAGGCGGCAACACACCAUGGUCCGAGAAACUUUCGCAGGCACUACAGAGGGCGACGUACCCCGGUAUCGAAGUGACAUUGUUGGGCAAGUGGUGAAACCGCGGGUCAAUUCAGAAAACCGAACAUCAUUGUCCCAUAUGAAUCGUUUGCUACGACUCUUUGGUAGUUGGGUUGGCAGUUCUCACACGAAACCCGCCAAGUGUUACAGGGGGGAGUGGUCGUGUGGCUUCUAUAUUCGCUUAUAAGCCGCAAGAGUGGGGGCCUCCUCACCGAUGUAGAGCACCACUGUCGAGAAUAGUAAACACCUGCAAGCAAACUCCCAUCGUACUUAGUAGUAGUACUCGAACCACUCCCCGUCCUUGAACGUUUGCCGA